AUGGUUCCCUACAAGAAAGCUAUAUUUAUACUUAUUGUUCCUCUUAAGUAUGAUCUUUGUUAUUGUGAAUGUGCUCGUGCAGAGUAUAAGAUAGACAAGCAGUGCUGCCCAAUGUGUUCCCCUGGAAACCAUGUUCGUUGGCACUGCACAGAUGACACCAGCACAACUUGUGUUCCAUGCCCUCAAUUAACUUUCAUUGAUGAACCAAAUGGCCUUGUGGAAUGCUUUCCCUGUACUGUAUGUGAUGCAGACCGAGGUUUAAGACUGAGUGAAGUAUGCACUCGAUCAUCAGAUACUCCACUUGAGACACUCUACAGAAUCUACAAAAGUACUGGCUCCACAGAUACUGUAUGUGCUGAAUGUACAGGUGACACAUAUUCAAAUGGAUCUUUCUCAUCCUGUUUACCACACACAAAAUGUGAGGACAUGGGACUUACUGAAACAAAUCCAGGAACACAUUCAUCUGACACCAAAUGUGGAAAUCCCUCAACAGCUGUAGCAAUAGUUGCCUCAAGUAUUAUAGUUGCUUUAAUAAUAAUUCUAGUAAUAUUUUUUUUAAUAUUUAAACACAUUCGGAAGAAGAAACUAUCAAAAAGUGCAGGUAAGCUUUAUUCAUUUAUUUUUGUAGUAUGAGAUCCAUAGUUUUUUUCUAUAAGGGAAUUUUCUAUGAAAAUUCAACAGUCAUUUAAGGCUGGGACACUUUAAAUCAUUCAUAUACACUGUAUAUUGCAGCACUUAAAAAUGAUGGUGAUGAAGAAAGAAAAAACUUUUUUGUAGAUAACAGUUGUGCUGCUCAAUAUUUUUGUGGAGACUGUGAUAACGUAGCAUUCAGAGAUUUGGGGUAAGUAAGAUUAAAAAAGAAAAGACAUUAAAAAAAUAUGAUUUUUCAAAUGAAUUCUGUUCAUUGAAAUUUCUAUACAUCAAAUUAACUUGAAAUAAUUUAGAUCAGGGGUUCCACAAAAAUAUUCAGCAGCAAAAACAAUUUUUAACGAUAAUAACAACUAUUAUUAAUAUCAUAUUAGAAUUAUAAUAGAAUGAUUAAUGAAGAAUUCAUAAGAAAUUCAGCUUGGCCAUUACCAUUUUAAAAUACAUUAAAAUA